GCCCUGAAAAGCUUCUUCAAUAACAGCAACGACGACAGCCCCGCUCUAUCCAUUUUCGAUCGAUAGAGAGAAAUCAAAUCAUAUUUUUUCUGAAAUUACUUUACUUUUUCUAAAGAAGAUUCGAGAUCGAUCGAAUUGUAUUUUUUUAGAGUUUUUUAGAUUUGAAUUUGUGUAUAUAAUUUGACAGUGAGGGGGAAUUGGGGCAAAAUAAAAAAGAAGGGCCAAAAAGAGCAGGCAAUUUUGGCUGAAACAUGUCUGCCAUAGUUUCAGGGAAGAGAUCUUUCUUUGAGGAAUUGAGUUCGACGCCUCCUGCUUCUAAGAGAAUCCGUUGCUCUUCUCGUUUUGCUUCUUCUUUCCCUCCUUCUUCGCCGCCGCUGAUCGAUCAAUUGAUUGCUAUUUUUCCUGAAAUGGACCAGCAGGUCCUUCAGAGAGCACUUGAAGAAUGCGGAGAUGAUUUGGAUUCAGCCAUUAGAAGCUUGAACGAGCUUUGUUUAGUGCCCACUGAUAGAAAUGUAGCUGCUGCUGAUAAAACUGGUGAAGGAUUAGAAGGAAACGUUCAACUUCUAGCUCAAGGUAUAGCAACUAAUGGAGAUGUUCCAAUUAAGGAACAGACAUUUCCCGAAGCCUUCUCAAUAGAUGGUUCAGACUGGGUGGAGCUUUUUGUUAGAGAAAUGUUAAAUGCUUCUAACAUUGAUGAUGCCAGAGCUCGUGCUUCCAGAUCACUGGAAGUUUUGGAGAAGUCGAUCCAUGCACGUGCUGAAGCAGAGGUGGCCCAAAAUUUUCAUAAGGGAAACAUGCUGCUGAAAGAACAGCUAGAAAUACUAACUCAGGAAAAUACUAUUCUCAAGCGAGCUGUUGCCCUUCAACAUGAGCGCCAGAAAGAGUAUGAAAAUCAAAGUCAAGAGUUACAGCAUCUGAACCAAGUAACAUCUCAGUAUCAGGAGCAACUGAGAACCCUUGAGGUAAACAACUAUGCAUUGACAAUGCACUUGAAGCAAGCACAGCAAAGUAACUCUAUCCCUGGCCGUUUCAACCCUGAUGUUUUCUAGUAAGUCCUUUUCAGAUAACUUGAAAUUAGUGUUGCUCUUUAGCCUGCAGUUCCAAGAUGUUCCCUCGGUUUUCUAACGAAAUUCAUGAAUUGUAGUUUAUUUAUCAAAGUUAUAUA